AUGAAUCGAGACAAAUUGAACUAUGCAGAACCUAAAGAAGAAGAUCGACAAAGACUUAUUAACAGCAUUCCAGAAUUUGACACUGUUGUCCGCUCAAAAGAGAACAUUGCACAAUUACCUCAGGGACGUGACUCAAGAACGCUUUCGAGUAUUUUACAAAAAUCAACAGACGAGCUACUAGACGCUAUUGAAGAAGGAGAAAGCAAAUUCAAAACAGAACUAGAAGCGAUCGAUUAUAAUCACGAUCCUUUAGAUGUAUAUUUGAAGCAUCUUGAUUGGAUCGAUCAAAUCUUCGUUCAAGGUCAAUCUAAUGCCAGUCCAUUGCGAUCUGUCCUUGAGCAAGUAACCACUCGUUUUCAAGACAGCUUUAUGUACAAAAAUGAUCCUCGGUAUCUAAAAUGCUGGCUUCGCCUAUCCAGACUUCGCAGCGAUCCUAUUAAGAUAUAUCACCAUCUUAUUACUCAGAAUAUUGGACAAAUGUGUGCAUUAUUCUACGAAGAUUAUGCAAGUUAUUUUGAAAAAAUACAGAAAUACAACGAAGCAUCUCAAAUAUUUGAAUCUGGAAUCAAGAAAAAGGCUGAGCCAAUUGCAAGCCUAAAGAGGGCCAAAGACGCUUUCACGGCUCGGCAAACACAACGACGUUUGGAUAGCGAAUCGUCCGAUCCUUCUACAUCCCAAUUAAAUGAAAGAAACCAAGUCUUGGAACGUAGUGGACGAAAACCACUAGGUGUACUAUUUGAUGCCUCAGCUGAAUUUUGUAAGAAUUCUGGUAACGCAUAUCACUUUGGAGGUGGGCUACCACAACGAGAAAGAGAAGUCGGUUCGUCAUAUUUACCGAUUCAACGUAAAUACCAUGUCUACUCUGACAGAACAGAAGGAAAUUCACAACCAAGCGUCAAUCCACCACAAUCUAUGCAGCCAUACACACAUCGCUCACCAGAAUGCAAAGAAAAUACUGUCAGAUCCGAACGCUUUAAAGGAGCUGUUCUCCCCCAAAACCCAUACAAACGCCCCAAGAAGGACACUUUCACAGUAUUUAAGGAUCGGAUUGAAACCGGUCCGUCUACCUCACAACCACUACAACUGUCACAAAUAUCACAAUCAGCACAAUCAGCACAAUCGUCACAGUCAUCACAGUCAUUUAGAUCCUCGCAAAAUUCGCCGAAGCCAUCAAAUAAACAAUCUCUACGAACUCGGCAAAUGUCUACUGAAAGAACAAUAUCUGUGGUGGAAGAAGACAACCUCAAGGAUUUGACAGAACGGUUUAAUGCGAUAGAAGCUCUUUGUAUGCGUGAACUUGAUUCAAAAGGAAAGUAUGAGUAUAUUUCCUUUAUAAAAAAUUGCCCUGACAAUUCAGCGAUGUUAAGCUGCGAAGAAGAAAGGGCGCGAGCAGCUGAAAGGAAAGCCAAAACAUUAGGAAUAUAUACGGAAGACAAUACUGGUAACUUGACUGCAGAGACUAGGGCUGCUCAUAAUUCUAUUGGAGAAAUGUACAAACGAGCGUCUGGGCUAUCUAAAAUCCAAUUAGAAGAAGAUGCUGGAUUCUAUGAUAAGAAAUGGCUAAAAAAACAAGAAGAAGAACGGAGGAAUCGAGUAUACACUAAUGAGAACGAAUAUCCUACUGCCAGUAUAUCAUCUACAUCGGAUAAUCCUAUGUUAGAAAGACUUCGAAUUGGGACUUUCAGUGGUGGGGGUGAUGAUGAUGAUGACGAAAGUGACGAUGAAUUGAUCCACAAGAUGUUGCAAAGAGAGAUAGAGGCAGGAAAUGCAGGAAAUAGCCACCUAAUCUCCCGGACCAACUAG